AUGUUCGUAGCGCUUGCGCUUUGGCGGCUAGGACCAGAGGCACGUGGACGCCACUCUAGACCAGCUUGUGAAAGCGUUCGCAAUCGGAACGGGAGCAGUGUUCGAAACGGUGUCCAUUUGAGAGGCGGCGCAACGACCAGGAUGCUCGCUGGCAACGAGUCCGCCAGCAGGCCACCCGCGGACCCGAACGAGCUACUGAUCGUCGGACCAGGAGUGCUUGGUCGUGCGGUGGCUGCGAUGUGGCACGAAAAAUACCCGUCGUCCCGAAUUGUGGCUGAGAGCCGCACACCUGCGUCGCACGGCGUCCUGCGUGCGACCCUGCCGUUUCUGGAACUGCGGCUUGCGGAUGCCGCAACUUACGGUCUCGAUCGCUUUCGUCGCGUCGUCUUCUGUGCACCACCGUCGCAAAACGAGGACUAUGUUGCCGCGGUUCGUCGCGCAGUGGAGCGAUACUGGGUCGCACGCACACCAGACACCGAAACGGCUGCGUUUGUUUUCACCUCUUCCAUCGGCGUGUACCGCGAGCCUUUGACGCCGACGGUGCUUCGCGAAGACUCGCCUGUGGUGACGGACCCGACGGAGCCGGGCGCGUCACCGUCGGCACUGAAACUUCUGGCGUGUGAACAAGUCGUACGCGAUGCCGGCGGUACGGUGCUUCGAUUGGCCGGCCUGUACACGUUGGAACGCGGCCCGCACCGCUUCUGGCUUAGUCGGGGAACCGUCACUGGUGGUCCACCCGACGGGCUCAUCAGUCUCGUAAGCUACCAUGACGCGGCACGUGCGGUUGUAGCGGCACUGGAGCAACCGGGUCUCGAGCGCGAGACGCUUGUCGUUGCCGAUGCAAAGCCGCUCUCGCGACGUGAGAUCUGCGAGGUCGCUCGACGACAUCCGAUGUACGCAAAGAGCCCAAUGCCUGUCUUUACCGCAGAAUCGGAAGCCGUUCGUGGUGGUGGCAGUGCUCGACCAGCGGGAAAGCGUUUCGAUACUUCACGUUCGCGUGCCAAAUUAGGUCAGUUUCGGUAUGAUUUUGAAUCGUUCGAGGAGUACGUACAACGGUGCGUCGAAGAGGGCGACGAUGCUGCGCAGGCUCCUGUACCAUUGGAUCGAAUCUAA